AUGAGAGAUAGUCAUUGCGAGUUCAAUUACCGGGCAGAGAGAUGUACUAUCAUAGAUUGUGGCAAACCGCAUGACAUUGAGUACGGUAGUGUUACAUUACUGAAAGCCUCGAGUACAAUGUACAAUUCCAUGGCACGGGUUACAUGUCAGGAUGGAUAUAACACUAGAAAGCAGGUGAUUACUUGUAAAGAGACAGGCGACUGGGAAAGUAGUUCAUGUGAUCCAGAAGAUGAUGACAGGCUAACUUUAUUUGUUCUGGUUUCCAUUUUGUCCACCCUUCUAAUAGUUGUUAUGAUACUGUUCGGGUUCUAUGUAAUUUGGAGAUACCGGAAGAGGCAGCGAAAAAGAGGUUCUUCAAAGGAGGUGAAUACGUACGAAGAGGUAUUCAGACAAAGUCAGCAACCCCAGUAUUCGGACAUUGCUCUGGAAAACACCAGAGUAGAUGAAUAAGAUGUGUUAUUGCAUGACCUUGUACUACUAAACGCUGUAUUCAGGACAUGUAUAUACUAUAAUAUCAAUAUAUUAACAUUUGGAAGUCAAAACUUUGCGACAUUUACAACUAUACUUCUUCUGGAUUAUUAGAAUGUUAAGUGGUAUAAUUAUUGUAUAAAUUAAUUCUGUAGUUCCUACAAUGUGACCUAUUUUUUAUUAUUUCUGUUGUUUAGUGCGGCAGUAUAGUUGUAUUUGUUUACCAUGUUUAUAUGAUAUAUACCAGCAUACAAAUAACAAAGUCGUUCGGCCAUGCCGAAACAUAAAGUCUAGUGAUUCUAACUAUGUUAUGUUUUAAUUUCAGUCAGUUAUGUGUACGUAUCCUAACUUUAUUUACAAAUGUGUAUAUUGUCUAAAGCAUUUUAUGUUACUACAAUUAUUUUUUUGGAUUAUAUAACACUUUUGUACCAAAUAGUAUUAAAUAUUCUAUGAGAUGUCUUGAAACACACCAUGUUUGUAACUCUAGUGCAUGCCGCUAACAAAAAAUAAAUUGCUGUUUAGUUUAAUAUUUUAUUGCUUAUAUAUACAUGGACAUUUACGACACAGUAAAUAGUGCAAAAGGGCUGUAAAGAUUGUUUCAUAUUUAUUAACAAAUCAUUUAUAAAACGUAAUAAGCCAACGUGAGGUGAUUCUGGUUUUCAUAUUUACUGUUUUCUUUUGCUGUAUUUGCAUGUUCAGUCAAAUACUAUAUAUUUCAUUUAAAAAAUAAAACUUGUAAUUGAGAA